CUUCGAAACUCACUAACUAAAUUCUUAUCACUUUCACGUCGAACUCUUUCCGUUGUUAGUGACUUUAUUUUGAUUAUAGUGAACUAAUAAUUGGUAUUGACAUACAGUGAAACAUAGGAUAUUCUUGGAAUUGCAAGUGAAACGGUUUUCUAAGAGGGUUUUUGCCCGUCAACCACUAAACCCUAAACAUUUUACUAAUCCUAAGUUCCAAACCAAGUAACCAAGGUCACCGGUUUGACAACACUGAAAAUAUGAAACAAAACUUGAAUAGCUUAUAAGCUGGCCAACAUGUACAAAGUAAAAAAUUUGGGAGCUAUACGGUAAUUUCUCACAAAACUCCUAUCCAGGGACUGACAAGACAAUUUUGUAUUUGACAACAAAAACCCAGCCAGGGCAUUUCCCCGCUCCGACUUACCUGCCGUCCCCUCCCCUCAAUACCCUCCCUGCAAUCUCUCGCCGCCGGUCCCCCCACUCCGCCGUCUUCCUCUCUCCGGCUCGCCCUCGCCGCCACUCUCGUUCGUCGGCUUCUCUCAAUCGCCAUCCUCCUCUGACGCGUCUUCGCCCCCUCUACGAGAGGUAAUGCAAUGUCCUCCCUGCUUUCCCUCUUCGAUUAAUUGAUUUCAAGUCGAACUACGUUUGCACUAGGGUUUUUUAGUUCUGAUUGUUCAUUGUACAAUUCCUGCAUGAUUGGGAUGCGCUACCGUUAGCCGAUAGACAACCAUCAGAUAUAGUGUUGAGAAAAUGAAGAAUGAAUGAUAUGAUCUCUUAUGCCAGAUGACCGAAUUCAGUAGAUUUUCACACAGUAGCAUCAUUUUUUCAGUUCCCCGACAUACUUCCCUUACAGUUCCAUGAUGCGGGUACAAGGCUUUUACUAAUUUGAGUUUUCUUACCCUCUGCUUCGUCUAGGGGAGUUCUCCGGUGAAGUAAUACAACCUGUGAAGGAAUCAUUGAUUGCCUGCUCUUAGAUUCACCAGAGCCAUGAAGCUAAUUGUGAUUGCGAGAAGAGCAGCGGUUCAUUCCCGUGCAAGUCUCCGCUUUGAAGCUAAUGGGUUCUUGCAGGUUAGGUGUUUCCAGCACGACUUCGUUCCUAGAGAACCUUCGGUCAAGCCCACGAAGUACAAGUACCCAGAUUUCUAUGAUCCGUAUGGUCCCCGGCCUCCUCCAUCAGAGAAGAUUGUUCAGCUUGCAGAGCAAAUUGCAGCGUUGCCACCCGAGGAGCGACGCCAAAUUGGACCUGCUCUGGGGCUCAAGCUGAGCCAUCCGAAGCUCGAGACGAUCUCUACCGAAGGAAUGGAGUUGGGAUCAGCAGCAGGAGGAGGGGCUGGUGCAGGAGCUGCGAAGGUCGAGGAGAAGAAGGAGAAGACAGCAUUCGAUGUGAAGCUUGAGAAGUUUGAUGCAGCUGCUAAGAUUAAGGUGAUAAAGGAAGUCAGAGCUUUUACCAACUUGGGAUUGAAAGAGGCCAAAGAGUUGGUUGAGAAGGUGCCCGUUUUGCUAAAACAAGGAGUCACCAAAGAUGAAGCCAAUAGCAUCAUAGAGAAGAUUAAAGCUGCUGGUGGGUCUGCUGUCAUGGAGUGAUUAAGCUUUGAGCAGUUGUUUUCUUUACACUUUCGUUUGGCUUUUCCGAUCUUUCUUCUGUUCUUGUUAGAUUGGUAUCGAAUUGCCAGAAAGAUGAGUUGAAUAACUAGCAGAUGCAAAAAUGGGACACCAAUGCUGUAUUUUUGAAGUAGCUCCAACUGGAUCGAUAUUAGAAAGUUUUUGUUUGAUUGAUUUCCACUGGGACUCGGAGGUUUUACUUUACGAUUUGAGUGCGCGGUUUAUUUCAUACAAUGAACGCCCAUGAUAGGAAGGAUCAUAGAAACACUCUGCCAAAAGUGAAAACAAAGUUCAGCAGAGGCA